UUAAAUUCAGCUAAGUUUAAUAUUGUUGUGGGCCAACACGCAUUGUAUAGCGGUAAUAAAGAGAGAGUGUAAUCUUCCAAAUGGAUGAGGAUGUGUCCAGGUACUUUGAGAAAAUCAGCCAUGGGGCCGUGAUGCGUGUGCGCAAGGAGAGCGACAUGCCACUGUGGUAUAAUUCGGCGGCCUACCACGAUGUGAUCGCCUAUAUAAAUCGAACGAGUACGGCCAUUCAGGGCGUGCGACAACUGGAGCCGCACGGCUAUCCGGUCAGCUUGACAAUGCGAAAGCUGUGCAAUCUGAUCGAUGGCCUGAUCGGGCAGCUCCGGUUGGUCAGGGCGCAUUCUAUGAGCUCGUAUCGCAUCUGGUCACACCAGAUGCUCCACGAGGUCUUCCAGAUGCUGGAGAAGGCGCUGCCGGCCGACAAGUGCGAGCAUGUGGGCGAGCUGGGCCAAUAUUUGGGCAACUCGUUUGGCAAUUUCACGCGCGCCGACUACGGCACUGGGAACGAGCUGAGCUUCAUCUUCUUCCUGUGCAGCCUGUUCCGGGCCGGCAUACUGAUCGCCGAGGACGAGCCGGCCGCCGCCCUGAUGCUCUUCAGUCGGUAUCUGAAGUGUGUGCGGCGCCUGCAGAGCCUGUUCGAUCUGAAGCCGUCGUCCCAUCAGGGCGCCUACUCGCUGGACGACUUUCAGUUUGUCGCCUAUAUGUGGGGCGUGGCGCAGCUGUGCUACGAGCCGCCAUUCAGCCCCAGGGAGCUGUUCGAUCGCGCAGUGAUACGCGAGUGGCGCAAUGAGUACCUAAUCGUUGGCUGUGUGGCCUUCCUGGCCAGCAGCAAGCCGGGCACCUUUGCCAUGCACUCGAAUCUGCUGUGGAGCGUUGCCUCGCUCUCGUCCUGGCCGCAAGUCUAUAACGGCCUGCAAAACAUGUACCUGAAGGAGGUCAUCAGUCAGUUCCACUUGCUGCGCGAGCUCUGCUUCGGCAAGCUGAUGGCCUUCGUUCCGGUGUCGCCGUCCAGCCAGCUAAUGCGCGCCGAGCUGGGGCACCUGUCGAUGGCCCGGCAGCAGUAUUUGAUCCAAAGGGAGAAGAUGACCAGCUCCCAGGAGCAGCAGCAGCCGCUGCUUCGCCACCAUCGCCGGGAUCAUAAGAGGGAGCACAAGCGAGAGCGGGAACGGGAGCGCAAGCGAGAGGGCAGCGCUCUGCUGCGCCUCUCGUCGGCCGUCGAUGAGUCGCACAGUGGCCUCAGCUCGGGCAGCUCGAUCACAUCCGUGAGCGGCACCAGCGUGCACAUGAAUGCAAUGGCCAAGAAGCUGAACAAGCAUAAGCUGAAAGAGGAUCAGAAGCAGAGGCUGAUACAGAAGCAGAAGCAGAAGCAGAAGCUAAAAGCUCAGCAAUAUACAGAUAUGGAAUACUAA